AUGCCGCAACUUACGGACCAGCAGAUAGCGGACUGCAAGGAGGCGUUCGCUCUGUUUGAUCAGGACAACGAUGGCUGCAUCACCACCGCCGAGCUGGGCACCGUGAUGCGCGCACUGGGCAAGAACCCCACAGAAGCAGAAAUCCGCCUCUUGGCGAAGGAGAUCGACCCCGACGCCAGGGGCACCGUCAACCUGCAGGAGUUCAUGGGCGUCAUGUCGCGCGACAUCCGCAGCUACGACAGCGAGGACGACAUCCGCAGCGCCUGGAAGGCGAGCGGGCACCGCGCAGCGGCGGCUCAGGGGGCAGGCGUGUUUGACAAGGAUAGCCGCGGGUGGAUCAGCGCCGCUGAGCUGCGCCACGUGCUGACCAGCAUCGGGGAGAAGCUGGCGCCAGAGGAGAUGGAUGCUAUGAUGGCGGAGAGCGACCCCGACCAGGACGGGAAGAUACAGUACGACGAGUUCGUGCGCAUGCUGACCGCUAAGUGA